GACGGACCUUUUAUAAUGCUGGACCUAUUCACGUGCCGCUUCUGUUGUUAAAACUGCACCACCAUGCCUGUUGAUAACAAACGAGUUCGCGGCCCAGAGCUCUCGCAAAGUCCGUCUUUGUUCGCGUGCAAGCCAGCGGCGGUUUUCUCCUCGCACGGCCCUCGUGCAGAUGGCCGACAGCGGGACCAGGUUGACGUCCGGCCCGUUUUUGUCAGGUGCGGGCUCGUGAGUCAAGCUAAGGGUUCCGCGUACAUGGAGGCUGGAGACACCAAGUUGAUGUGCUGUGUUUAUGGUCCCAGAGAAACGGAGCGUAAAGACGACACCGAUAUGAAGUGUGGAAGGUUGACAACAGACAUGCGGUUUGCCCCAUUUUCUUGCCCGGAGAGAGGCUCCUGGAUUCAAGGGAGUCAGGAUAAGGACUUCUCUUUGAUGCUGCAUGAAAGUCUGCAGCCCGCCUUGUGCCUCCACAAAUACCCUCGCUCUCAGAUAGAGGUCAACGUGAUGGUUCUUGAACACAGCGGCUCAGUUCUUGCGCACGCCGUCACCUGCGCGUCCCUUGCGCUAGCAGAUGCGGGAAUCGAAAUGUACGACCUGGUGCUCGGCUGCGCCAUCCGCCAGGACGGGGGCUCUUACGUGGUUGACCCAACAUACGCGGAGGAAAACGGAAGCGGUUCGCCCAGUGGUGACAAUCAGGGAAGACUGACCGUUGCAUUCCUCCCUAGCUUGAACCAGGUGUCUGGGCUGCAGUCUGAUGGAGAAAUGACCGAAGAGACUCUCUCUGCUGGGGUGCGCACCUGCAUUGAGGGUUGCUAUAAGAUCUAUCCAGUCAUCCAACAAGCUCUGGCCAAGGCAGUGCGAAGGGCAGCCCCCCCACCAUCAGAGAGCUGAUAGAAGUUGUACUUUUCUGGGUCAAUAUUGCCAUAAAGUGCUUUUGAUGUCAUUAAAAAUCACACAGUCAUCAUGAAAAGUUAGGAAGUCUUAUAAUUGACUAAGUGUCCACAAAUAAUUUGACUAAAAACAUCCUUUUGAUCCUGCAUAUUAUAUUUUUUUAUAACUGAACAUCUGUCUUAGAAACUGUCAUCUUGGAAUAACUGCCUCUUUAAGAAACUUUCUCAUGUUUUCUUGCACAUUAUGAUUUUUUUGAUCAUUUUACCAUACCAUUUUAUCUUUCUGCAAAUGAGGCUCAAACUGUUUAGUUGUACAAUAAAUAUUUACGUUUAUGCUUUGAAAUUAUUCUCAUAUAACAUGAAAACAAUUUCAAUAGUUUGUUGUCAAGCUUGGCGUGUCCACUCUCAUAGUAUAGUAUCAAAUGAUGUAAUUCAAAAUGUAUUUGUUAAAUUGCUGCUUUGUGAUGUUUUCACCGAUUCACGACCACGGUUCAUUGGGCGCCGUUGAACUGGACUGCCCUUACACCUGUCAACGGACCCUGUGGAGGCUAUUUUGUGUGUUUUGGGGUGUACUCUUGUAAAAAAAAAAAAAUAAUAAUAAUAAUAAUAAAAAGGGUUGUAUUUGU